AAAUUAAGUCAAAACAGAAAGUGAAACGUACGCCGAUGUGUGUAGUAUAUAGUAUACAGUAUACAAAAUGUAUAUACACAUCGACGUACGUUUCAAUUUAUGUUUUGACUUAAUUUUAUUGAAAAUGAAUCGUACCGCAUGCAUGGAAAAAGUAGGCUGCCUACAAGUAGCCUGAGAAAAAUCCAAAGAAUGUACAAAUGUAGAGUGUAGACCCUGACUGCUGAGGCAAGACAAAAGUAGCCCGAAAACAGAAGAAGAAGAAGAACUUAGCUAACUUCAUGCUACUAAUAUUAACCAAAAAAAAAAUGUAAACAAUAAACAAAAGUGCAUUUGGUGUGGUAACUCUGGUAUGAAUGUUGAAAUUUAUAUUUAUUUCUUCAUUUGGACUAUAUCUGUUAUCUAUUCUGUGUAUAGUUUCUCAUCCACCACUUACACAUAUUUUAGAUUCUAUAAAGAUGAAUUCAAUGAUUUUACUGAAGAUUUACAAUAUUUCCCAAAAAGAGAUAAGUCAGAUAUGGAAUGGGAGUCUAUCAUGUUCUUAGUAACACAAUAUUUUCCCUGGGUUUUAAUUUAUUUAGUAGUAUCUCAAAUACUCAAAUAUUGUUCAGCCUCUAAAACAGUACUACAAAUAUGGCAAAUUACGUUUACUGUAAGCUACAUUCUCCUUAAGUGGAAUCACAUUUACCUGACAGUUUUUAUUAUUCAACCUAUGUUAUUUUCUGUUGUUAAUCAACUCAAAUUAGGAGUCAUACCAAUAUGGUUUAUUUCAGGAACUGUUCUAGCCGUUUUAAAUUACUUCAAAUCCAUAAUUAACGAGCCAGAAGUCUAUAAAGAAUUUAACCUUGAAGAUUUUGAAAUUUAUUUGCUCAUAUCUUGCUUGUUUUGGCUCAAUUUAAAAUGUUUGAGCUUGUGUUUAGAAGCUGGACAUUCAUCCAAAACAUUUUUAGAUGUAUUUGCAUAUUGCCUUUAUCCACCAACAGUAUUAACAGGACCUUUUAUUUUAUAUAAAAAUUUCCAGGAGAAUUAUAAUAGUUCAGUGUUGAACUUAACGAAGUGCAAAAAGUUUUUUAGAAAUAUUUUUAGGACUAUGUUAUGGUAUAUCUGUUCUUAUAUUUGUCUGCAUUUUAUUUACGUUAGUGCUGCAGCUUACCAUAGACAAUUGUUUGAAAACUUUAACGGUUGGUGCUUAUAUGGUUUUGGUUAUACCAUGGGCCAGUUUUUUCAUUUGAAAUACGUGAUCCUAUACGGUAUGAGCACAAACUAUGCGACUUUUGAAAAUAUUGAUGUUCCAAAUUUGCCAAGAUGUAUUGGAAGAAUACAUUUAUAUUCGGAUAUGUGGAAGUAUUUUGAUGCUGGUUUAUAUAAAUUUUUACUAAGUCAUAUUUAUAUCCCUCUGGCCCUAAUAACACAAAAUAAGACAAUAAGAAGUUUUAUUUGUUUUUUAUUUGUGUAUAUUUGGCAUGGAUUAGAAGUCAACAUACUUAUCUGGACGAUUUUAAACUUUUUUGGUAUAAUUUUUGAGAAAAUGUAUUGGCCUAAAGGAGAAAAAACUUUCUAUAAAAGCAGUACAUGCAACAGGUGGAAAAGGAGAACGGAUUGUUUGAUUGCAGCUUUUUUAUUGGCAAUUUCGGCGAUUUCUAAUUUCUAUUUCUUUGCUGGAAUGGAUGUAGGAAAUGAAUUUUUUAAACGACUUUUUUCAGCAAGCGUUCCCAUAGAGAUAGCUGACCAUGCAUGGACAUCAACCUCUGGCCAAAGCUGGCCUUUCGUGGGAAACGCUGACACCACAUGUAACGUCCCUGGUUUUAUGGCCGUCAGCCGGGUGACUGUGUUGUUCGUCGCGGUAACAAAUUCUUUCCGUGUAAUUCGAUAUGUUUUUCGUCGGCGGCUGAUAAUGGAAAUGUUUAUGACACGCGAUAGGAGCAGGUGCAUUUUGGAGGAUAGUAAAAGGGAUUUAUGGUUUUGUUUGUUGGGUGUUGAAACUUCUAAGAGACGAGAGAAAAACAGAUUUGAGGAUUUUACGGCGGUGUUAUUUUGUUCUUUGGGGAGUGCGCUGCGAAGAACGGUCAAAAUAAAAGACGAUUGGAAUGUUUUUUUUUUCGGCGUGUGUGUAAGCGAACGAAGGGUAAUUUUUUUCUUGUUACGGAUUAAUUCCUUGAGGAAAGGGGUGCGAUCGGAACUACUAGUGAUCUGCGGAAAAAAAUACGAAUUCGCGUAAUACCGUACUAACUAUGUCCGAAGUUGUCGUCUAGAGUGUAGACUUGGAACACUAAAUGGCGGAUUAGCUGGGACCCGGGAGCAGUAAGACAGUGGCGGAUACUAGAGGUGGUGUCUCAUCGCCAUCGCAGAGGACGUCAACCAGUUCGUGUGUUUGCUGAGACUU